CCUUCAUGCUGUGUCGCUUGACUCGCCAACUCACCUUUCUCAACCCGGCCGAGUCGUACCGGUUCAACUCAUUCACCGGCACACCGUACCGUCGCCAAUUUCCGGUCAAAUCUCUCCUCACUAAAUAUUCCGGAAAAAUCGCUAAGUCAUUCUCGAUCGCUGUGAAUUCCAAAACUUCCUCCUCCUCGGCGGUCAUCGGGAGGCGUAAGCCGGCAGAGAUGAGUUCAAAUCCGAUGACGGCGUCGGUGACGGAGGAUUUUGUUCACGUUGAUGGUGGAGCUGAUAAUUUUAAUUCGGAAGGCUCGGAAGCGAGUGUUGUGGAGAAGCAAGGAGUUGAAGAGGUAAUUUCAGCGAAUGUAGAGGGAGAAAAAGAAGGAUAUGAAAGGAAGGUUUUGCCGGAGGAAUUGGCAAGGAGUGUAAUGAUGCUAACUUGUGAUUCUUCUACUGAUGGAGGCAUUUGCGAUGUGUAUGUCGUUGGCACUGCUCACGUUUCUGCGGAAUCCUGCCAAGAAGUUGAAGCAGUAAUCAAUUUCUUGAAGCCAGAGGUUGUCUUCUUGGAGUUAUGCUCAGGUCGGGUGGGUGUACUUACACCGCAGAACUUAAAGGUACCAACGAUGGGAGAAAUGGUGGAGAUGUGGAAGAAAAAUCAAAAUCCAUUUGGGAUACUCUACAGCUGGUUUCUUGCCAAGGUUGCUAGCAAGCUCGAGGUUUUUCCUGGGGCAGAGUUUCGUGUGGCAUAUGAAGAAGCAAUGAAGUAUGGUGGGAAAGUGGUUCUUGGUGACCGUCCCGUGCAAGUGACAUUACGAAGAACAUGGGCAAAAAUGCCACUUUGGCACAAGACAAAAUUGGUGUACUCUCUAUUAUUCCAAGCUGUUUUCUUACCAAAGCCUGAAGAUCUCGUCAAAAUGUUGAAGGAAAUGGAUGAUGUUGACAUGUUGACUCUUGUAAUUCAAGAAAUGAGCAAGCAGUUCCCUACUCUUAUGGAUACCUUAGUUCAUGAGCGAGAUGAGUUUAUGUCAUCAAUGUUACUAAGAGUUGCCCGUGAACACAACUCUGUUGUCGCAGUUGUUGGCAAGGGUCAUCUUCCAGGAAUCAAGAAGAACUGGAAACAACCUAUUGAGGUUAAGGAAUUACUAUCAAUACCGUCACCCAAACCUCUCAUUUCUGUCAAUAAGAUUGUGACAACCCUUGGAGUUGCAAUUGCAGGAGUGGCCAUAAUAUCUGGCAUUUACAUUGCAAGCAAGAAAUAAUCAUCAGAGGUUUUAGAUCUGUCAGUCGGGCGUUCAAUAUGAACUUCAUCAAGGCUCUGUAUUGUGACUUUCCUAAUUACAUUACAACUCUCUGAUAGCAAUAAACUGCUAGGAUUAUACAAAUCUAAUUAGGAAAAUUGUUUGAACUUUGGAGUGGAGUAUAUUCCUCCAUUUGGUCUUUUGUUGUCCCCUAGUGUGGAUUUGGAGGAUAAUCUGUCUGAUCCUAUACUUGCAGUCUUGCUUCUAA